AUGUACCACUCCGGCCAAGAGUACUACAUACUGCUGAAAUUAUUCACAGCACUCGCUUACCUAACAUAUUAUUUAAGCUGCCAGCCACCCAACCCGCUUCCCAGCCUGCCCCUCCGCCCAUCAGAACCAGCCAUGCUGAGCUCGACCAGGACCAUCACCACCGACCGUCGCCACAUCGACCCCAACCCUGACCGGCUCCAGCUCAUCUCGUCGUCCCCAGCAGCCAAGCCAGCCUCGCUCCUCCUGCUCAGCACCAGUGCCGAGGCUGCAGUCGCCGAAAGCAGACGCUUCGAACGCAGCUCCCGCCACUCCUCCCUCUCCAACAGCCUCGGCUCCCCGCCGAACCAGUCCACCAACAGACACCACCACAAGCUCCGGCCCGCCUCCCCCCCCUCCCCAUCCUCCUCCUCCACCUCCUCCUCGUCCCUCCACCCCCACCAUCUCAGCUACCACCAUCUCACCCAUCCCCGGAACCUCUCCCAGUCCCCGCUCAGGAACAACCACCAGCAGCGCAUCCACCAUCGACACACCCAGGCCGUCGCACUCUCCAGCAGCUACCAUCCAGCCCCCACGCCCACCACCAGCAAUCUCCCAGCCGCCGUCGCCGCCAGCAGCAACACCACAACCAACAGCAACAGGCGUGAGCCAGCGAAGACGAACCAGCUGUUCAAGUGUGAGAAGUGUCUCAAGGUUUACAGACACCCCCAGUGCUUAGUGAAGCAUCGCUGGGAGCACACCGAGUACUGGGCAGAUGCCUCAAAGCUAAUGUUGAGCAAACAUCAGCAAGUGCAAAUGUUAGAGGCGGCUGCGAUUUUAGCGGCACCAUCUGGAAGCUUACCCGAGUCAAGGUCGUUGUGGCCUGCAGCGGUUUCCUCGUCUGAGGCUGGUCUCCUGGGCUCGGACCAAGUCAACCUGGAAGUGAUUUAUUCGCGCCAAGCGGCUCGUGCGCUCAGCCAUCCCCACCACCAUUACCGCUCCUCGUCAACCUCAUGUGUUCCCUUGCGCCAGACGCGGGAAAGUACGGAUGUGGAGAUGAACGAAGAUGCAGGGAUGCAAGGAUCUGCCGAAGACGAACGUGGCUCGGAGGCGGCUGGGGAAGAGGGGGAAGAUGAGAUCAUGUUUUCGAUGUCGCUGGAUGGCGAGGAGAGCUCAUGCUCGAAUGUCGGCCGGGCCAAGCCGCGGAUCGAGGGGCGCGGAGGGAGUGUGCGGAGCAGUAGCAUCUCCUCGUCGGUUUCUGGGCCGCCACCGAUCGGCUAUUUCGAGCGGCGCAACCCGCAAUCGGUCUCGAGCGUGGUCUCCAACCUGGGCUCCCUGGAACGCCUGGCCCUGUCGAGCUCGGGCCCGAAGAGCCGGCUGGUGGCCUCUCUCCCGGCGAUGGUCGCCUACCAGCCUGCUCUGGACACCCACCACCAAGCCAACCAGUUCGUCUACCACGCCUCCGAGUCGAUCUUCAAGCCCACGACGCCCUACCAGGACAGCCAGCUCCGCUUCGAAGGCCGUCGCCACUUCCAUCACUCCGACCUCGUCGACGACGAACCGUUCCCUCCCACGGCCCCUGCGCCCGCCGGCCAACCCGCUGCCUCCGCGCAUAAUGGCGACAAGCUGCCCGUCGAGGACGAGUCCACUACCGAGGAAGAAGACGACGACGAUGAUGGAUGGUCUCCUUCUACCGAAAGAGAACGCGAAAGAGUCGAGGGCGACGAAGUGAUCGGAAUGGAACUUUAA